UUCUACUACACAACACUACUUCAUCCCACAAUGGUCGGCGCUACUACUGCCAAUGGCUCCGCCGCCGUCGAUGGCAACCCCAAGGCCCAGCCUGUUGGUCCUAAGGUCAUGCUUCACCUCGGGCAUCUCCCCAGCAAGAAGGACAUUCGGGCACCAUGGCCACGAACGCCCAACAGGAUUGACCCCAACAACCCUCCGUGGCCAGCCUACCGAGGCUACCACGAAUAUUCCUUCGCUCAUGCUACCAUGCAGUCGCGUCUUCCCACUAUCUUGGGGAAGGCCAUCGACGAUGCGACCCGCACGCUCAACAACCAAUCCCGGGAGGACUAUGUUGUUGACCUGCUGGAGUGCAUCAAGCGUAUGGGCGAGCUCAUGACCGACCUCAGCGGUAAUGCUAAGUUGAGGCCCAUUAUUGACGACGGCGAGGCGGACGUUGCCCUUUGGAACAAAGAAAUCGCCAAGUAUUUCCAAGGAAAGGACUUUAUGAACGCCCCCUGGCUAUUUGCUGAGGCGUACAAGUACCGCCGCCUUCACGAAUGCUUCAGCAUCAGCAAAUAUUGGCGGGAUUACGAUGUGUUCUAUCGACAAAAGAAUGAUACCUUCUCCCGGUCCUGCGACGCCGUCUUCGAACUCUCCAUGCGUUUCGCCGAGCCAUUUAAGCUUCCUCAAAACGCCACUCCCGAAGAAAAGCUAGAAGCGGAGCGCCUGAUGUUCUUGGAAUUGACUCAAGUUUGCCUUUGGGGAAACUCCACAGAUCUUUCCCUUUUGAUUAACAUGACGGAGGAACAGAUCCGUAAUCUCCAAUCGACCGGAGGGGAGCACCUUGCCUCCACCGAGCAGAAUAUCUUGGGUAACGACAUGAACCGGCUUUGGGAGGUCAUGGUGGAAACCCGAGAGAAGACCGGCGGUCGAGUUGAUUUCGUCCUCGACAACGCUGGAUUUGAAUUGUAUUGUGACUGUGUAUAUGCCGACUUUUUGCUGCAGAGCGGGCUCGCAAGCAAGAUUCACUUCCACGGAAAGCGAUUUGCUUGGUUCGUUUCCGAUGUGACCAAAAAAGACUGGGAGUGGCUCCUCAACACCAUGGUGUAUGGUAACUUGUUCCCGAACGCGUCGGACGCAGAGAUGGAGUCGCUGAGGCGACUCGGUCGUCGAUGGAAGCAAUACGAGAGGGAAGGGAAAUGGGUGUACGAACAGCACCCGUUCUGGUGCACAGGAUAUACCUUCUGGGAUCUCCACAACGAGGCACCUGAUCUUUUCCUUCACCUCUCCAAGUCCGACCUUGUUUUCUUCAAAGGUGAUCUCAAUCACCGGAAGCUGACAUAUGAUUGCGCCGCACCUGCAAGCACUCCAUUCGAAGAGGCCAUCGGCCCCAUGGCAAGCGCCCCCGGCGCUCCGAGAGUGGUGAGCAUGAGGACCAUCAAAAGUGAUGUGGUGGUGGGCUUGGGUCCAAACGGCGACGAGAUCGCGAAGAAGCUCGACGAAACGGAGCCUGGCUGGAAGAUCAGUGGAAAAUAUGCUGUCGUCCUGCUCUCCGAAGGCCGACCAGGAGAGAAGGUCACAUUCGCUUCUCCGAGCAGUUCUUCGUAUAUGUAA